CCAACCUGUUGCAGCUGCAUUUUUUUUUAUUUAUUUUUUUGCAACUGCAGAUCUUGACAGUCUGUGGUGGUUUUUAUUUGAUUCUUCUGCAUCGUUUGGAAGUGGGAAAGCUUCUUUCUUUCUUUUUUACAUCUAAGGAAGGAGAACGUUUUGUGGUUGUUUUUUUUUAAAUCUCAUUUUCUUUUUUAAAAAGACGCUCCACUGUUGCUUUGGUUGCCAGCCGCACUGCCUCUGGGUGCCCUGAAGAUGCUCCUGAGGCAGGUUUUCCUCCUCUGCCUGUGCCUGGGGCUUUCGCGAGGCUUGGGCUCCUUUGUCCACUGUGAACCUUGUGAUGAAAAAGCCCUCUCCAUGUGCCCGCCCAGCCCUGUGGGCUGCGAGCUGGUGAAGGAGCCCGGCUGUGGAUGCUGCAUGACCUGCGCCCUGGCAGAAGGGCAGUCGUGUGGAGUGUACACGGAGCGAUGCGCCCAAGGCUUGCGCUGCCUGCCACGCCAAGGUGAGGAGAAGCCCUUACACGCACUGCUCCAUGGCCGAGGGGCCUGCCUGAACGAAAAGAGCUACCGGGAGCAAGCCAAGAAUGAAAGGGAAUCCCGAGAACAUGAGGAACCAACCACAUCAGAGAUGGCAGAGGAGACCUACUCGUCUAAAAUAUACAGGGGCAAGUCUCAUGGGCGCCUCUCCGACCUCAAGGUUGAAGCCCUGAAGAAGGAUCGCAGGAAGAAGCUAACUUUAUCCAAGUUUGUUGGUGGAGCGGAAAACACAGCACACCCUCGGGCUACUGCCCCUGAGCUGAGACCAGAAUUUGAACUAGGCCCUUGCCGUAGACAGAUGGAGGCAUCCCUGCAGGAGCUUAAAUCUAGCCAGCGAAUGAUCCCGCGGGCUGUCCACCUUCCCAACUGUGACAGGAAAGGAUUCUACAAAAGGAAACAGUGCAAACCGUCCAAGGGCCGAAAACGGGGACUCUGCUGGUGUGUGGACAAGUAUGGACUGAAGCUGCCAGGAAGUGAUUAUGUAACCGGAGACCUCCAAUGUCACAGUUUUGACAGUGGGAACACUGAAUGAAUGUUCCUCUUGCCUCUCUCCACCAGAGCCUUUCUCUGUCCCCAGCCUACACCUCAUGAUGCCCCAGGAGACGGAUUCCUUUCAUUUCAUUUAAGAAUCUGAGGCACCUCAGAAUCUACAGCACAUCAUCUACUCGUCUCAACAGCAAAAAAAGACUAAAAAAAGAAAAGGCAGCACCUUAAGCCAAAAAGAAAAAGAAAAAAGAAGAUAAAGGCAAGGACGACAAGCCAGCCAGCUCCCUUAGGACAAGGCCCUCAAGAAUCCCACAGGUCACCUUACUUGCAAGCAACCUCAAGGCCACCCGGACAGCACCCGUGUAGGAAGCUCCCAGAAGCACUUAAGUUAUGUUUUAUUGUUCGUUUAAUGCUGUGGGUAUAUCACUUCACUUUAGGUAAUUUUACAAGCAGAACCCUAGGACAAGAAGGCUUCUCACUAUUCAUUUGUUUUGGGUAUUCUGGUUUGUUGGGAGAGGGGGUUAAAUUACACUUUCAUUUUUAGUUUUCUCUGUCCCAUCACAGACUGAACAUCUCUCUCUCUCUCUCUCUCUCCUCUCUCUCUCUCUCUCUCUCUCUCUCUCUCUCUCUCUCUCAUUUUUGUUUAAUAAAUCAAGUGGUCAGAGCACAAAAGAAUGUACAGCAGGCAGGGCAAACUGAAGCAAGAAUUAAUCAAAAGCUUCCCAUUCCCAAUGGGACUUUUCCCCUGGGUGGUAGUUAAGAGGUUUUACCUGACUAUUUAAGGUGUCGUCGUGCUUCCCUAUUCUAUGUAAAUACAGAUCAAUGUACAUUUGUUUUUUGUUGAACAAGGCCCUGUUCGUACAAGCAGAGCCACUUGACUUUAAUCCUGCAAGAAACCCCUCAGACCUCUUUGCAUGUAUUAGUAUAAUUAGAAAGCAGUCAAAAGCAUUGAUUUGCAGGAUUGGGACCCUAGCUGAAACAACAGUGAGUCAGACCCUCUGCAAAUAUGUGACGCAUCACUGCUUUUGAAAACAAACUGGGAGACAUCCACACUCAAGUGGGUUAGAAAUGUCUAUCUCACCUACCUUUUACUGCAAGAACGAGGAUGAAAAACACAAACCGUAUUUCACUCUCAAAUAUCUUAAAUAGUUAUCCUGUACUAGGACAAUUUGAAGAAGAUAAUUCAUUAUAAUUAUAUAUACCCUUCAAACAUGAAUGUAAACUUGUCCCACAAAAAGUUACCUGGUAUCUAAAAAAUAUCUUAGAAUCCCUGAAGAGAGAGCCCUUUGCCCUUUCAGAGCAUACUUGAGUAACUGACUGCUAAUAGAGUCGUUGCUCUAGAUUCUUCCUGACAGAGGCUGUGAGUCUUCAACAGGUGUAUGGCAGACAGAAAUUCAGCACAUGUGCUUCUCAUCACUGUGCUGUAGAAAAACAAAACAAUUGCCUGUUGAAUUUCUGGCUCUUGUUCCAAAGUUAUAGGCACAGAUUCUCGGGGUGGGGGAGUGGGAACCCUGUGAUAACUCUAGCUGUGAGCGCAAACAGGUGGCACAGAAAGGUUGGCCGAAACCAUUACUUUGACAGUUUUCACAUUCAGACAUGGGCAGACCACAAGAGCCAUUUUUCUAAGUUGAUGUUUUUGAUUCCUUGGUGUAUUGUCAUGGACACUACCACAACAAGAGUUUUUCCUAUGCCCAUAACAAUGAAUGAGAAAGCAAGAAAACAAACCCAAGAAAGGAAUGUUGUCCAUCAAAAUCCAUUGAGUUGGAGGAACUGAUGAAAUAGUAGCUGUAAAGUGGCAUUUGGACACUGCAAUAUACUUAAGAGAAAGAAAUGGAACCCUUGGUGACCGUUCCCUUUUGAAGGACUCCAAAGGACUCAAGAACAUGGGUGUGGCUGGCAGCAAGCACUCCCAGACAACGUGCUAAUCAGAAGCAUGGAGAGAGAGACAGUUUCUUCCUCA